UAGCAACGUCAAUAUAAUGAUUAAAUUUGAGCAAGAAUGUGUACGGCUUGUCAGAAAUGCGACGAACAUCGACUGGAAUGACAGCAUCGCUAUCGACAUUGUAUAAAUCAAGUAGCAUGACUUCUUGUGAUCGAGUAACACCGGAAUUAUGAAUUUUCUUAAAUGAUAUUUCCAAUAGAUGUCCAUUCAAGUGAGCAAUGGCUUCAUGCCAAAUAUCUCGUAACUUCACGUACAAAUUCCCUUUAUACUGAACACCAGCCGUAAUUUUUUGGGAAAUUUUCAUCGUUACUUUAUUACGGAUUGGUACAUUGUCGCUUUGCAGCACUUCAAUCAUUUGAAAUCGCUUGGAUUUAGUCCCAGUGUCAGCUAAUGAGAAUGUAAUGAAUCCAUAUUUUUUGAGCAUUGUCUCGCGAACUGUUGUAUUCUUACGCCAAAAUGUAGUUCCAUAAAUCUCAAGACGCAUAUCAAAAUCCAUGUAAAUUUCAGGAAUACUGAAUUUCUCAGAAAACUUAAUGAUACGAACAUCAUCAAUUAUGCGCAUUGGUUUUGAUGCUAAAACCUUAUCUUCAUACUUCAUUAGGAUCAAUAGAUAUUCAUUUUUGAUUGGCAAUGGACGUUGAAAAUAUGAAGCUUUUACUUCCAACAUAAUAUCACGAACUAUUAAUUUUCCUUUACGAUUAUAAGGUGGCAUGUGUGGUAGUUCAAUAUUCUCAUUCAAUUUACGAACUUCAGACAAAGCAGAUUGGAAUCGUGUGCUUGCAACUAAAUAAUGACGUUCAAUGUUAAUUACGUCGAGGAGAUUUCGAUCAUCAACAUUUUUGAGAUUCUCAAGCACACGGUUAAUUUUCAUCAUUAACGUUUCUUCUUUAUAUAUUUCAGCUUCCAGUUUGCGGAUUCGUUCUUCGCGAGAAUAUCCAGACGAUGCUAAAAUCGGCGAGUCAAAAUCUUUCUUGGAACUUGAAUAUUUAUCAAUUCCAGAAAUGCCACUUUCAAUUGAACCUGCUUUCUGCUGCAAUGUAUCUUUUGACGAAUGAUUAGCAAGAAAAGCAUCAUUAUUAUUUGAUAAUGUUUUAUUAAUGCGCUGAUUCGUUUCCUUUUCUUGAUUGGCGCGUGCUGCUCUCAUCCUUUCUUCUUCCAUCAUAUAUGCUGCAAUCUUUUCUUCUUGUAUUUGCUUUAUACGUGCAGCAGCGAGUUUCUUCUCUUCCUGUUCUUGCUUUAAGCGUGCAGCAGCAACCAGCUUCUCUUCUUGUUCAUAAUCUAAACGUGCUGCAAACUUCUCUUGAUCUUUAUUAAGACGUGCUGCAAUUUUCAUGUACUGAUAGUCUUCCUGUCGUCGAAUUUUGUCCUCAAAGUCUCUUUGAUUUUCCUUAAUGGAAUUAAUUUCUUCUUUUAAGCCAUGAAGUGUCUGCAAAAUUUUGUCUCCAUAACUUCUAUCAACAUCUUGACUAUUAGCACGUACAAAAGUCUUCUUUUCCUUACUAUUCAUUCCAAUUCUCUUUUGUAUUUCAAUCUCAUUUAAUUCAUUUGAUAAGAACGUAUCAAGAUCUUUUAUCGUAUCAUGGAAUUCCUUCAUAUUAACAGAUGAAUCUUGAACCUUCGAUUCCAAUGAAUUAUAAUACGAUGCUGCACUCUUCUGAUUAUUAAUCAUCUGAUUAAUGUUUCCAGAUAACUUAUUUGGGAAUGAUUUUGUGUAUUGAAUGUGAUUUUGUAGAUAUGGACUGGCUACAUGCUUCUUUUCAGAUGUUUUGGUUUUUGCAAGAAAAUUAGUUCCAGUAGAAAAAGGCGUUGACGUAUUAUUGGAUGUUGUGUUUGUAGCAUUCGAGACAUUAUUGUCAGUUGAUGCAUCACGCCUAUGUUGAUGCACAGGAACAGAAGCAAAAUUGUUGAAGUAAGUCAAUGGCUUAUAUUCUUCAUAUUUUUCCAAUGACUUUUCAAAAAGUUCGACUUUUUGCUGUAAAAUCAAAUUUAUUAAUUAAACUCAAUGAUUUCAUACUUCCUUCAAUUCUAUUACCUUUAUUGAUAGCUGUGAAGGAUCUCCGUUUAAAUUGUUCAUCGUUUCACUCAUUUUUAACUAGUUAACUUAAAAAUAAACAAAAAGUUUGCAUUAAAUUGUCAAUCCACGUUAUUUUUGAAAAAUUGUGCAGACAAAAAUUCAAACAAAAAAAAACGAUUUAAGUAAACUCUGUAGUCAGUCAUCAAUAUAUGUCAUCAGCAAAAUCAACAUCAUCAUCAUUAAAUUAGUACUUAUCAGAAAGAAGAAAUCAAAAAUAAAUGUGAAAGGUCAGAAAUAACCUAGACAAAACGUAGCGUAAAGUUUUAAUUAUUUUAACUGAAUCUGUGAGUUUGUCAUUAAUUGAGAAUAUAUCCAAGUGAUUUGUGUACAUCAGAGGCAAUAAGAAGAAGAUGAGUUUACAAUAAGUCCAAAAGAAUAGACCAAAAAGAAUGAAUCUACUGAUAGUGUUUUGUCUGCUGCUCAUUAAACCUGUGAUAUCAACACGAUUUAUCUUACAAGAACAUCCAUGUCAGUCGAUUAAAGUAACUUCAUAUGAUGAGUUUGAUUUACUUAAUAACUGUACAGUGGUUUUUGGGUUUGUUGUCAUCGUAUUUGCAGCAUACGGCGAGCCACCAAGCUAUAACAGUUCGAUGAUGAUUAAUCGAACCUUUCCGUUGAGGGAAGUUACAGAUUUUAUGGUAUUUUAUGAUAUUGAUGACAUUCAUUCACCCGGAAAUCUAUUCCCAAAUUUGACAAUUAUACGUGGAAUGCGAUUAUUUCACAAUUAUGCACUCGUUAUUGCUGAGACUAGAUUUCAAGAGAUAAACUUAAAAAAUCUUGUGAAAAUCAGUCGAGGCUCAAUUAGGUUCGGUGGACAAAAUCCUAGGCUGUGCCUUCCUCAGAUUGAUUGGGAUAGUAUAAUGAUGAGUGGUCAUGUCGUUUUGAUUGGUGAAAAUAUUUUUAGAUCAGAUUGCGACAAUGAACAUACCCAAUGUCACUCUUGCAUCCGAGGAUUAUGUUGGAAUAACAAAAUGUGUCAGCGUUUUGAUCAAGAAAACAGAAUUUAUGGAUCAAAAACUAUCGUGUGCCAUCCAUUAUGUGUGGGAAAAUGCUUAAAUGAAACUGCAAAAGGAUGCUUUGCUUGUCGGGAUAUUUCAGAAUUAGGUGAAUGUGUCCAACAAUGCUCAGAAUUCAGGUUCCUAGAUGCUGAAACAAAGCGAUGCAUUACAGGUGAUGAAUGUAUCAAGUUGAAUAAAUUCAUUCAUGCCAAAGAUUGUGUCCGAAAUUGUCCUGUAAACUAUAUGAUAAAAUUGGUACAAGACCAAAUGAUUCCUAUAAACCAUUUUUGUGUGCCUUGCCUUGAAAAAUGUCCGAAAAUUUGCUCAAAUGUACCAGAAAUUAAAACAAUUGCUCAUUUAGAGUCAUUAGGAAGUGGAUGUACGAUAAUCAAUGGAAGUUUAGAGAUAAAUUUUAACGAAGAUGUUCAUAAUUUGACUGCAGAAUUGCAAGUUUAUUUAGGUGAUAUUGAAGAAAUUCAUGGAGCACUUAAAAUCCACAGAUCGACACCGAUAUCGAGCCUGAUCUUUCUCAACAAAUUAAGACUUGUGCAUGGUCUGAAAAGUAACAAGUCAAUGCCAUUCUCAAUUCGUAUAUUUGAAAAUCAAAAUCUUCAAUCAAUUUUCGACUGGCGUCUUAGAGACGGCAUGAAUUUAGAACUAAGAUAUGGAAGUGUUCAAAUCAAUUCUAAUAAUAUGUUAUGUGAGAGUGAAAUUGAAGCAUUUAAAGACAUUUUAAUCCAAAGCAAUCCAUCAGAUAUGCAAGAUUACAUGUCAAAUAAUGGAAUUCUUACAACAUGCCGAAUAGGAAAUAUUAAGGUUUAUCAUAAGAUUCUUACUUACGAUACAGUCGCAAUUGCUUGGCAUGAUAUGACUCAACUUGAAAAUAAGGAUACAAAUUACGGAUAUAUUUUACAAUACAUGGCUCUUGACUCAAAUGAAGUAAAAGAAUUUCAGGAUAAAGUACUCUAUGAAAGAGACAUGUGUUCAUCUUAUGGAUGGACAAGUAAAAUCUUAGAACAAGAUAAAAUUAUCGAGGCUAAUAAGAUUGAUUUUCCAAAUGCAAUCAUGUCUUAUAAUAUGACAAAUCUAAAGCAAUUCACGACAUAUGUAUUCACUAUUCAACGCUACCUAAUCGAUACGUCAGAUUUUAUCAUCAAUCCAGACACAAACAGCUCUGUCAGUGGAAUAUCCAAACCGAAAAUAUUUAAAACUUUAAUGAAUAUACCGUCAAGGGUGGAAGAAUUUUCGGUUCCUAUUAAAACAUCAACUUCAAUUACUUUAACAUGGAAUAUAGUCGCAAAAGAAGAAGAAGCCAUCAAUAGAUAUUUACUGUAUUACUUCGAAGUGCCAUUUAAACACAAUGAACUGAGUAGACGAGAUUAUUGUCUAGAACCAAUAGAAUAUAGUAUACCUUUGAUAGUUAAAAGAGAUGCUGAUUUUCGUCAUGAUAAUGAUAAUACAUGCUGUGCGAUAUGUUGUGAGGAACAGAAAAAUCGUGUAAAAGAUAUGGAAGUAGGUGAUGAUGAUUUUACUAGGUCAUUAAUUAAAUUUGGUGAAGAAGUUCAACGAGUAGAUUCAGAAAAGCAUAGAGUUGAAAUGAAGAACAAACCACAUUUCCAAAAAUAUAGUUCAAUAAAUAAAGAAAUCAAAACAUUUACAGUCACCAAUUUGAAGCCAUAUACAGCAUAUGCUUUUCAUCUUUAUGUCUGUGCUGAAAAUUGUGGAGAAUAUGAGUUAUUGUACCAGAGAACUGCUUAUGACGAACAUUAUGAUCAAAUUGAGCUCAAUCCACUGGAACAGGAAUAUCAAGGAAUUGAUUUUAGAAUAAAGUUCGAGGAACCAAAAUUGAAGAAUGGUCCAAUUAUAAGCUACACUAUUGAAAUUAAGGACGUCAAUGAACGAUUCCAUAAAAUUGAAUGUCUUUCGUGUCAGCACUUCAUUGGAAAUUCUUCUGUGUAUGUUGAAAAAGGUCUCUUACCAGGAGAUUACAUAUUUCGAAUAAGAGCAGAAUCUCUAGCACAGAAAGGAUCAUUUACAGAUUGGCAUCACUACAAAGUCAUCGAUCCAAAUGACAAAUCUUCAAUUGGACUAAUUAUGUCUAUUAUAAGUAGUUUGGUAACAGUUAUUAGCAUAGGUGCCAUUAUUCUGUAUUAUAGACAUAGAAUUAGAAGGAUUUUAAGGCAUCAAGAAGAUAAUGAUAUUCUAAUGAAUGAAAUGGAAGUGAUACAUUUAGAUGAUUUGCCAGUUGAACACAACAAUAGUCAAUUUGAUCAAUUAGCAGUCAUUAAUGAGCAUGAUGAUGAAUGAUUUUAAAUAUUUUAUACAUUCAUUGUUAAUAGGAAUCAAAAUUUUAGUUCUAAGAAUAAUAAUGCUUCUAAUAUUUAACUAAUUUUAAUGUCGAUUUGUUUAUUUCUUGUUUUUUAAAAAUUUUAACAUGUCUCUUUCAAAGUAAUCUAAUAAAUUAAUGACACUCUUCAUUCCACUGGAACAUUGUCUUGAAUCCAAUUAUAAAAGUGUGCAACUGAUGUAUAAACGCUCGGUAUCCUUAAUCCACCACAAUUCUCUGAUCCAAAACUCAUUAUGCCAAUCUGAUAUGAUAUUGAAUUUUCUGUGAUAAACAGUGAGCUACCACCAAAACCGGAACAAACAUCUUUUCCUUCACCGCCUGCA